AUGGCCGACGACCGGCGCAACAGCUCCGAAAGCUCGCCGUCCGCGCGGGAGGGGCAGAACCAGAACCCGGCGCCGACCCAAAAUCUGCCCCAUGGCCAAACUCAAGAUGCUCGCCCGCCACCAAAGAAGCGCAGAAGAGUUGUGAUAUCUUGCACAGAGUGCCAUCGGCGCAAGCAAAAGGACGCGUGCAAGUACGAGACCGGCGCGCCGACUGCGAAAGAGCAUCGGAAAGCGGAGGUCGAGGGUUCGAGGAUGACGCAGGUCCAAAGCCUAUCCAAUGUCGCCGCGAAUUGGGGUUACUCCCACGCCGGGGCAUCAACACUCGGCCUCAUGAGAAAAAUCGAAAGCGCAAAUGGCGACGGCUCCAUGUCCCAUUUGAGCGGUGCAACUCAGAUGGAGGAUCAAUUCGCUACAAAAGAGCGGUACAAGUCGCUGAUCAGACAACUGCCGGCCAAGGGCUACAUCGAGAAGCUUAUUGAGGUCUACUUCCGCGAGUUCAACUGGCAGUACUACGCCCUGGAAGAGGAUCUUUUUAUGCAGCAAUUUGCCGAGUGGAACAACCUGCCCUUCAGCGUUCUCUCCAACUCGGGACCGCAGGGCCUCUCGCCUGACUUGAGAGUGUUCCCAGCCUUGCUGUUCCAGGUUUUGGCCACGGCUCUUUUGACCCUUCCUGAAGGGUCACAUGAGUUCUACGAGCAUCUCAAGUAUGCUGGGAAUAUGACCUUUGAAGAUCUGGCCGCAGACUACAGCGAGUCUGGCGUGGGGAUUUUGUCAUUGCUAGGAAAGCGGCAAAUCACCCUGACGACGGUCCAAGCGUCCUUCCUCCGGGCGGCAUUUCUCAAAUACAUGGCCAAAGUAACCGAGUCGGACCGUCGCAAGACACCCAUUGCGCCAAGAGACGAUGAGAAAGACCCCCCGACGCCAUUGACCAGGGGUAUCUGGGCAUUCAAGCUCGUGGGACCGAUGCGGGAGAUCCUAGAGUUGGAGCACGAUGGCCCGUGUCCCAAAGACUAUUCCAAGGUCGAUCGUGUACACCAGAUGUGUAUGGAACUGGACGAAACGACACCCGCCUAUUUUCGUCUGGAGAAUCCAGACAGGAGGUGGGAUGACGAGCCAUCAUGCUACUGGCUUCAAUCGGCCCGUUUUUACUUGCCGCAGAUGAACUUGUUCAACUUGAUGGCACUGCACCGGCCCUACAUCUUCAACAGACCAAAGAGCCGGACCGAAGCGCUCAAGGCGAGCAUCGAAAUGCUGCAUCGCCAAAUGCUCACGUUCCAGGGUCUCGACGCAGGGUCGUGGCGCAACUUCUCGCUAUUCUUUGGAAGCUUUGAUGCCGUGGUGCUGAUGGCGACAAUAUACAUCCUCUUCCCGAAAGAGAAUCUGGAUAUGGCAGGAAGCGCCAUGCAGCACUUCCACUGGACAACGGAGAGGUUCGAGGCGAUGCAAGAGAGAAACCCCCUGGCAAAGGCCGCCAAAGGAGUCUUGCAAGCGAUAUUCGUUAAGUUCAAGAAAGCAGUAGGGAAUCCGGCGCCGCCGCCAAGCUUGUCGAGUAUCGCAGCGCAGACGCCCGCGUCAACGACGGAGAGUAGCAGCAGCAUAUCAGCACGUGGUUCCGUGUCAACGACGGCGAACACAGCAGACACGCCAGUUAGCAAGAGCAGCACCGUAGCAACACCGACAUCGCUGCCAACAGCACCAGAGACAUCCUCGUACCCCCUGCCCUCAUCGCACUCGGAAUGGACGAUGCCCAAUAGCUGGGACUUUACCUCGAUCGCGCCACUCUUCCCGAUGGGAGAUCUCAUCUAUCACGACCUGAACGGAAUACCGGAGGACGGAUCAUUACCGGCAUGGGGGGCAGCGACGCCGCCACCACCGGCAGCCGGACAGACGUUUGAAGGUGAUUUUGGGAACGAUAGUGUGUGGAAUAUUCUAAACCAGUACGACCCGACGACCGCAUGA